UCGAAUGAAGUGAAAAUGGCGACCUCCGUGUUUUGUCUGUGACAGACUUUGGAAAACAGAAAGUCGAUUCGACGAAAUCAGAACUCAGAAAUAUGUGACAAGACUAACAGUUAAUUUUCAAUUGGAAAUCUGUAUUCUAUAUCCGAUCAUUGACAGAACCAUGUCAAAAUGUUCAAAAGGGGAUGGCGAGCCUACCUUGUUGUAGUAAUUUUCGUUGUCCUGACAAUUUUAUAUAUGGGAUACAUUUGUCAGAAUAACUUUUGCUCUUUCUCAUCGUCUCGACGCAAUGCUGAAGGACAAUCUGAUGAUAGGUUUUCUGACAUUUCUAAACUGGUACCAGACACUUUUUCACCGCAAAUCGUUGAUAGGGAAUACCAAUUAGAUUUGGACGAUGAAGACGUUUUGGUAUUUUUACAUAUCCAAAAAACAGGUGGUACCACAUUUGGUCGACACUUGGUUAAAAACCUGGAUGUGGGAAAACCAUGUGUUUGUCGGAAAACAAUGAAAAAAUGUGAAUGUUUAACUCGUAAGAAGACACUGUGGCUGUUUAGUCGCUAUUCUACAGGCUGGGCGUGUGGUCUGCAUGCGGACUGGACGGAACUGAAGAAUUGUGUUGAUUCAGCCAUGGAUAAGCAGGAAGAACUUCACAGAGAAAGAAGGUACCAUUACAUCACAAUUCUUCGAGAUCCUAUUGGACGUUACCUGAGCGAGUUCAAACAUGUGCAGCGUGGCGCCACCUGGAAAACAGCACGUCUUUUUUGUAAUGGUCGGCAAGCAACAUUAGAGGAAGUUCCUUUUUGUUACGAGGGAGAAACGUGGGAAAAUGUUGACCUAAGAAGCUUUUUGAAUUGUAAAUAUAAUCUGGCAAACAAUCGACAGACUCGCAUGCUAGCUAACCUCAGUAAGAUCAAUUGUUAUAAUAAAACCGGACUCUCGGAUGAAGAACGGGAUCAAAAAAUGUUAGAAAGUGCAAUCGAAAAUCUCCAGAACUUUUCUUUUUUCGGACUUACAGAGUUUCAAAAAGAAACGCAGAUGUUAUUUGAACACACUUUCAAUCUUAAGUUUAUUGAGGAUUUUGAACAGCACAACGCCACACACAGAAAACGACUCCCCAUUAGUGAAGAAAACAUGUUUAAAAUCAAGGAGUUCAAUGAUCUGGACAUGAAGCUUUAUCAGUUUGCGAGGGAGUUAUUCCAGCGUCGCGUAGAGAAAAUGAAGGAAGAUCUGAGGGAGGAAAUACAAGACAGUACAAAUGAUCAGGAAAUUGUGGCAUUUUCUGGUGACACGUAAGCAAAGUAAUAUGUUUCAACAGAUCGUGUUUGAUUUAUUGCAAGUUUUGUUGAGAGAUGAUGGAAUUUAUAACAUAGUAGUCAUUGAUCAUGCAUGACUGGUGAUGUUGUAUUUCUAUGAAAGUUUGAAUGCGAUAUUAGUAGAAAAUAUAAUACGAAAGAUACACAAAUCAUGUUUGUAUAUAAUACACAUGAACAGAGGACAUAUCAGUUGUGGUACGUUUGUAUGUAAUUAACCUGUCAUGAUAUGAUACAUAAUUAUAUGAUAAGUCUAAAACGUUGCUUUUUUGGAAGGCCAUAGCUUGUUAGACUGGUGCUCCAUAGGGAGGCACUUACUCCAUAGGAGUUUUCAAAGAUAACCUCCCACACCUAUACCAGUAGUUAUAUAUACACCAGUAAUAAUCAUAGAUUAUUUAGCUGAAGUAAAAAGCACUCAAGGUUUAGAAAAGCCCAAAUAUUGAUAAAAAGGUCUCUUUAUGCCAUGAAAUUUUACAAGAAUAUCUUGAAAAGGUCAAAUGAGCCUUGAAUUUGAUUUAGUGAUCAUUAAACUGUCUCUGUACUUAAAUUUUGGUGGUUCUAUGGUGUUAUUCUCAUAAAAUUGAAUUCAGGAAAUAUAAGAAAUAAUUUUGAGUUAAGUUCUGGUUUUUGGACUCCUGUCUAGUGUUAGAUUUUAAGGUUGUUUGGUGUUUAAUGGUGAGUUUAAUGACAUCCAUGUAUCACAUCUAGAUUAUUCUAGUUUGAGAAUCUGCAAAUGGUGAGAGAUUUUAAAAGCUUUAAUUUCACUGAAAAAUGCCAUACAAAAGCCCUAAAAAGACUUGAAUUUCACUUGAAAAUUCUGGUAUUAACCCUGGUACUAGUAUAAUGAUUGGAAAAUGAAACUAGGGACAUGAUGUUAUCUGAACUAUCACAUAGAGACAAUAAAAAAUUCUUAUUACAGCUUUGUUACGUCCUAAUUCAAUGGAUUAUUAUACUUUAAUGAUAUUAAAUAUAACCAUAAACAAACUACAUCUGUUUCUUUAAAAAAGUUCCUUUGAAAUCUGUAAAUUUUGAAAUGUCAGUAUACAUUAUUGAGAAGCAAACAGGUUGUACAAUGUACAAGGUAGUUAUAUUUUUUAAAUGCGGUCCAAGUUUGUCUCUUUGUUGGUUAAAAUCUGAGGUUGAUGUAUAAAGAGAUGGUUGUUAUGUAUUAAUGUUGAAGCUAUGGUAUGACAGCUGUAUGUGCUAAUAAACGGUCCUGAUGUGUCACAAACUUGACGCAAGUUGUACAUGUUUUUUAAUGUAAACCCACUCAAGUGGGCAAUAGUUGUAUUUUUGUAUAUCUUACCUGUAUAUGAAUCCUGUAUAACCUGUUGACAUUGUAUUGUAUAUAUACAUACACCAAAUAUUUUUUUCUCUUAGAAAAUGUGAUUGCUUGUACAAUGUACUGUAUUAACUAAGUGAAACCAUUGUAUGGAAAUGUACAUAGUGAAUUAGUCACUAAGUUAGAAGCAAAUGUGAAUCUGUUUUGAGAAUGCCUGUAUAUGUCAGUAAGUGUUACUGGUGUGUCAGGGCACGUUCAUUGUACAUGUAUCUCCUUUAAGAUAACUGUAUGUUAGAUAUGGGUUAUACUAGGUGGUUAAAUUUUAUACACACAUCACAAUGCAGUUGUCUUGAUAAACAAAACAAUUGCUUGCUAUAAGUAACAAUCAGCUGUUUUUGCCCUUUGUUAUUCUGCAGAAGGAAGGCACACAGACUUAUCAAAACAGAUAUUUUAUAUUUAUAUGUGUUUAUAAACAUAUAUUUAAUUCAGUACCUUUGCAUAUCUGUAUACUUUUCAUUUAUGGGUUUGCAUCAUGAUGGAAGGGUUGACAGCAGGUUGUUUGUUAUUUACUAGUACUUUGUAUAUGGUAUUUCUAUGUUUGAUCGGUACACAGACCUAUGGGUAUUUUCUAAAGUCUUACAAUACAUGUACAACUUUCUAUAAUACUGCAUGAUUUAGUUUAUAAAAGAGGAAGAUACUUUAUAGCAGGUUUAAUUUGCAUGUAUAUCAACUGUAAUUCACUUAUUUUGUAGUAUAUAUAUUUUUUCUCAUUAAUUUAAGAGGAAAAUAUCACAAAUUGUAGCAGCUCGAUGUACUAAUUCAUACAUAUACUUUUUCUUUUGUGUAUUAAGAUACUUGCAAUGAAUUUUUUGAAGAACAAUAACAAAAAUACAUGAACAGUUUAUAGAAUUUGUACUAGAAAAGAUCAUCGCAAUGUCCAAAGUUAAACAAAUAAUUCAAGACCUUUCUGCUCUCUUCAUUAAUUAAUCCCUUCCUGAAAAAAAAAAAUGUUUUCUGAAUUUUUUACCUUUUCAAUAAAAAGUGAAUGUACAUGUUAGUAAAUUAUAAUUGAUAAGAAAAAUCCUGUACUGCUGUAGAGAAAAAUGUCAAGCAGUAGAAUUGAGUAGAACUUUGAAGUAGUAGGCCAAGCCUGAAAACAGUGGCUGUGAAACAUUUCUUUUUUGGUGUGAUAAAUUGACUCCACAGUUUUGUUGUAUGGACAUAAUAUAGUGUUUGUGCUCUAAUCCUUUUUAAGAAAUGGUUACUAUUCCUCGGUAUUGUAAUGACACUUGUUAUAUACUGUGCAGAUGAAAGAGUAACAACUAAAGUUUAAAUGAAAUCCACAAAUAACCAAAGAUUCAAUGUUGUUGUACUUACUAUUAAUUGGAUAACUGGAUUGUGUCCCUUUAUCUAAGAUUGCUCAGUUGACAUUUUUUUAAUUGGAUAUUUAAGAUUGCUCAGUUGAUUUCACGGGUUAGUUGUUUAUUAGGUUACUGGUCCUGAUCAUAACUUAUAAUAAUAGUUUGAGGUUCAUAUAAACCGCUUUAUCACAACCUAGUUCAUAGGUCGUCACAAAGCGGUUCACAAAUUAUUAUCUGUAGUUAUAGGGCC